AUGCGCUCCUCUCCCUGGCGCAUCUCUCUGCACCAAGCCGCCCGCCUCAUGAGCGGCAGCCGCCUCGCGCUGAGCCGCCCUCCCCCGCGGCUCUUCCACCAGAGCGCGUCCGAGUGCCUCCCUCGCCAGCGCAGCUUCUUCACCUCGAACCCGUAUCUCUCCCGCGACGACCCGUCCGCCGAGCCUGCCUCCCUGGCACCCCCGUCGUCGUCACCCGCAAAACGCAAGCCCGCGCGCGCCACCACCGCCGCCGCCGCCAAAACCUCGCUCCGGCGCGUCGCCCUCAUCGCGCAGCACCCCGAGCACAACACCACCACCACCAGCGGCCAGCAACCCCCCGCCGCCGCCACCGACUACUCCACCGUCGUCAGCGCCGUCUGCCUCGCCGAGGGCUUCCACAUGCCGACCGUGCUCUCCAUCCUCUCCUCCGGCUUUGACAUGGACCCCGACGGCACCGGCUUCGACGCGAGCGAGGUCGUGCACGCGCGCACCGGCGGCGGCGGCGACGUCUUCGUCUUUCCCUCGGGCACGCUCGUCACCUGGGCCGUCGCCCCCGGCCCCGCCGCCGACCUAGCGCAGCAGCUGCUGCCGGCCGCCGAGGACGUGCACCCGUUGGUGCUGCGCGAGGCCGAGGACCUCGACUUCACGCGCGACGCGGCGCGCGCAACGAGCGUGCUGCGCGGCGACGUCAUCGUGCUCGGCAGCAGCAGCAGCAGCCGCCUCGGCACGACGCUCGCGCAGAUUGCCUUCUCGUCGGGGCUGGCGCGCAGCACCAAGCUCGGCGUGCUGGAGACGGCGCUGGCGUCGUACUUUGAGAGCACCCGGGCCGUGCCGGCGCUGCUCGCCGCCGGCGGCCGCCGCCACGUGCCGCUCAGCCGGCGCUUCAUCCUGCGCAAGACGGGCGAGCUGCUCGCCCUGCGCGCCCGCCUCAACCACUACUCGGAGCUCACCGACGCCCUCCCGGACCUGUUCUGGGACAGCCGCUCCGAGCUCGGGCUCGACGGCUACUACGAGCAGGUCGGCCGCGCGCUCGAUGUUGGCGUCCGCAUCCGCGCCCUCAACCAGAAGAUGGACUAUGCGCAGGAGAUUGCGACGGUGCUGCGCGAGAUGGCCAGUGAGCGGCACGGGACCAGGCUCGAGUGGAUCAUCAUCGCCCUCAUUGCUGUCGAGGUCGGCUUUGAGAUGCGCCAUAUUGUGCGCGAGUGGACGCACGAGCAUGGCUCCGGCGGCGUGACUGUAUAA